AUGACAUCCCCCAAAUUCUGUAGCAACCUGAUCUCAGCACAACCACCAGAUGGGGCCGCCCUGGGGCUCCUGGGUCUCGGGGUGCUGGGGGAGGUCCGGCGACACGGCCGCUGCUUCCCCAGGUUCCUGGAGAGCAACUGGUUCGUGUGGGUGACGCAGAUGAACCACAUCCCGAUGCACAUCGACCACGACAGGAACGUGGACUGGGUGUCCACGCAGCUGCAGGCAACGUGCAACGUGCACGAGUCCUUCUUCAACGACUGGUUCAGCGGCCACCUCAACUUCCAGAUCGAGCACCACCUCUUCCCCACCAUGCCGAGGCACAAUUACCACAAGGUGGCCCCGCUGGUGAGAUCCUUGUGCGCCAAACACGGCAUCGAAUAUCAGUCCAAGCCUCUGCUCUCCGCCUUUGCCGACAUCGUCCACUCGCUGAAGGAGUCUGGACAGCUCUGGCUGGAUGCCUAUCUUCAAAAAUAAAGCGAGAAUCUCCGGAAGAGGAGGAAGAGGGGCUCUUGGGCCAGAAGCAGGGGAAGGAAAAGGGACGAUGCCACUUCAAUUUUCAUUUCCAGUGUGGACAGGGAAGAUGGGGACGGAAUGAUAAGGGGUUCUGUCCCUACUGACUCCCCUUUAUCUGCUAAGGUCAUAGUUUAGGGGCCAGGAGGGGAAAUCGUCGUACGACAAUGAGAAGCCAUUCGGCGGCUGGUGACAUUCUGGAUCCUUUCUAGGUUGGCAGGCAGUAAACCAAGCAAGAGCAAGAAAAAGGAACUCUUAGAACUCAGUCAAGAAAAAUAUUUGACCACUUGGGGUUCAUCAGUGGAACCGUAUCCCAGAGUCAGAGGAGGGAGAGGCCAAGCUGAAUCCUCCCAGCCAUCGGGGCUGGUUGCCGUUUUCCCCGUGGGCCCCCCGAGGAGCUGAGCUCCCCCCCCCCAGCUCCAGAAUGAUUGGCACACUAGCAAGAGAAGAGGGGCAGUUUGAGGCUUUGGAGAUGGAAAAUUCAGGAAGAAUACACUCAAACCAGAAUCCCUCCCCUGCUGCUUGGAGGCCUAGGCCCAAUACACAGCCUCCAGAAGUCAGAAGGGCCUCCACACCUCUCCAGGGAGGGCUCGGGGAAUCGGUAGGAGUUGUGUCUGCCCCCUAUGCCGUACCCAGGACGCACAAAGUGGAUUUGGUUCUAACUGUGGCCUUCCCACUUGGUACCCAAAGUGGUUGUUUCAUUAGAAGAUCCCCAACACUCCAUUCCCCACCCAUCACCACCAGGAGCUGGGGAGCCCGCACUUACUCUAGCCCUCCAGGAUGUUUCACAGGAAAGCUGGGCUUUGCCCACCCCUCUCCUUUCUCCAAACAAGCAGGGCUCCCAAAGGUUUCUCCUUAUUUUCCUGCCCACAAGUUCCAAGUCAGGGAACUCCAGCCAGCCAGGAUGAAGGGUAGGAAAGGCACCAGCUAGGCUUCCACAGGGAAGUCCAAAGGGACUGAGGGUGGUUGGGCCCUGCUACAAACCUAAAUUACCUUAGGCUUUGAAGGUCUAAUUAAGGCACUGUCCUCGGGCAGGGGCAGGAAAUAAAAGCCAGGGAUGUGGGGGCAUUCCAAUAUUGGUUCCCUGCCUUAGGUGGUGCCACCUCCCAGCCAGGGAAAUAACCUUUGGCUCCACGAGUAUCUAAUGGCCCUCUCUGGCGCUGAUUUGGGGAGCCGACUCGUUCAUUUUCUCUCAACAUUCCAAGCCUUCCCCACUCUGCCAGGUUCCGAACAAUAAGGGCCGUGAUCCUCCUCUCCCCCUGGCAGAUGGAUCAUCUGGCAAUCGUGGUGGGCAAUAAAAAGGCCCCGAGACCAUCUUGAGUGAGGGAGCAGAGUUAGGGCACAGCCUGGAUGACUGGGGAGAUGUGGCCAAGUAGACCAGGGGGGCCUCCAAGAUGUGACUCAUGGCUGCGUGUAUCAGAAUGUAGAUGGAAGGUCAGAGGGGAAAAUGUAUUUUCCAAGUGGACGAUCUCUCAUUUGGUCCUGCCAGACAAUGCCAACAAACCCCAUCUUGAUCCAGAUGGCCGCCCCCAACUCCCUGGCUCUCACUCCAGAGGUGAUGGGGAGUUCUCCUGACUUCCCUCUGCCUCCUAGGCUUUGGUGCUACCAAGAGGGGGACACAUGACUCUUGUAGAGUUUCGGUCACCCCGGGGACUCCUAAUCUAUAAGGUGGCCUUGGGUGCUGUUCCAAGGCCUGCCUGGAGUACUUUUCAAUAGUGUGGCCUUCCCCAUUCUGCCUUGCCCUUUGGUCCCUCAACAGCAGCCAGGGAUGACCUGUAACAGGCUUCAGAAAAGGGCGCUAACAAAAAUCUCCCCCAUCUUGUUCGGUGACGGCUCCCCAUUUGUCUCCGUCUUCCCAGAUCCCGUCAGGUGGCAGUGACUUCUGCUAGGCCUGGUUCAGUGCCUGUGCCAAUGAUGUUAUUUUUAAAAAUCAAGGCUGUAACUCGAUGCUGAUGAAUAAAAUGAUUUUUGGUCCAA